GACCGACUUGCCUACAUGACGUGCGGGCUGCUGAGUCUCACCGCGACGUUCAGGCGACCUUCGAAGUGGUCAGGCUACCUCCGUCACCUGUGCUAUCGGGCUGCUGUCAUGGAUCUGGGACCGAUGCGCAAGAGUUACCGCGGAGACCGUGAGGCAUUUGAGGAGGCUCACCUGACCUCUCUGGACCCCAUGAAGCAGUUCGCUUCUUGGUUUGAGGAGGCUGUUCAAUGUCCGGACAUAGGGGAAGCCAAUGCUAUGUGUCUGGCUACCUGCACCAGAGAUGGAAAACCCUCUGCUCGCAUGCUGCUGCUGAAGGGCUUUGGCAAGGAUGGCUUCCGCUUCUUCACUAACUACGAGAGCCGAAAGGGAAAAGAGCUGGACUCUAAUCCCUUUGCCUCUCUUGUCUUCUACUGGGAGCCCCUGAACCGGCAGGUACGUGUGGAGGGGACUGUGAAGAAGUUGCCUGAGAAGGAGGCUGAGAACUACUUCCAUUCCCGGCCCAAGAGUAGCCAGAUUGGGGCUGUGGUCAGUCGCCAAAGUUCUGUGAUCCCUGACCGGGAGUACCUGAGAAAGAAAAACGAGGAGCUGGAACAGCUCUACCAGGAACAAGAGGUGCCUAAGCCAGAAUACUGGGGUGGCUACAUCCUGUACCCCCAAGUAAUGGAGUUCUGGCAAGGCCAAACCAACCGCCUACACGACCGAAUUGUCUUCCGGCGAGGCCUGACAACAGGGGACUCCCCCCUGGGACCUAUGACCCACCAUGGGGAGGAAGAUUGGGUAUAUGAGAGACUUGCACCUUGACUCUGGACUCAGAAUGUUGGGGAGUCAUCAGCUGGAAGAGAGUGGGGGGCAGCUGCUAAGAGACAGGAAGGACUGGAAGCCAGGUCUCCCUUUCUCUGUGUGGUGGGGGACAUUUGGGUUUAAACCUCGGACCUUGCUCAUGCUAGCCAACGUUCUACCACUGAGCUAUAUAGUCCCAGAAUUUUAACCUUUUGUUUUGGGACUAAGUUGACUGGGCUGGCCUUGAACUCACUGUGUAUGUACCCCGGACAAGUCUUGGCCUUGAGUUCUUGGUGCAUGCAGUCUUUUGAGUA